AAAGGACAGCAACUUGUCUGUUCCCCUCCCCCAACUCCCCAAUAAAAUCUUUAAAAAAAAAAGAUCUAAGUUGCACCAUCUGAUAUUCAAGGCUGUGAAUGAGCAGGCCUAAGCUAAACUCACCAGCUCCAGAGAACACACUCUCCCUUCACAACCAAACGCCUCCACCCCAAGCCACACACAGAAACUGAGCUAUUCAACUAUGCUGUGCCUUCCUCGGCUGCUCCCUCUGCCAGUUUGAACAUAGCCAACCUUCCAGAACAAGAAGCCAUCCUGUCUCAUACCACUCAACCGUGAAUGUAGUUUGUGUUAUAGAUAUAAGAAAACCACAUAAACAACUUAAAAUACUGAUCAACACACCAUCUUGCUAGAGCUAAUUAUCAGUAGAGCCCUCCUGCAUUACAUUUUUACAUAGCAGCAGUGUUUUUAAAACAGAGCUUUGUUCGUACUCUCUGUUGCACAAAACUUUUCCCCUGACUUCAAGACAAAACCCAAACUACUUGCAUGGUGUUUGAGAUUCUGGUGAGCAGGCCCAGCCUUCUCCUGACUGCUCUCAAAUCUGAGAAGAGUUCAAGACCUUUCUGGUCACGAUGCCACCCUGCCCACCACCUCUGGGCUAACCCCUGCUCUUGCACUGGGUCACUCCAUCCCCCAAAGAACCUAGGUUACAUAAUGCAUACUUAUUAAUUGAAUCUCAUUGUCCCAUUUUCUUCUUCCUACAAGUAACAAUCUUACAAGAAGACUGUCACUGAACUGUCUGCCAUCUAAAUAUCUGUAAUGUCUAUCUUCAUUUAUUUGAGCCCCAUGAGUGCAAAGAAAGACUGUCAGCUUCAGCUAUCAAUGUCUAGUUCUGGUCCCAUGGCCGGACAUGGUAACUGCUCAAUAAAUACUGCCUGAUUGCCUGGCCAGUGAGAGCAAACAAGAAAAAUUGCGUUUGCAGAGUCUCAAAAAAGGGAAGUGAAUUACCCAAGCUCACACAGGUUCUAGAAAAGGCAGAGUCAGAAUUGGAGCAGAAAUUGGGCUGGCUCCUCUCCUGCCCUGCAUCCUUUACCCUCAUGUUCAGGGACCAGUGUCACCCUCUGGAUUUGGGUGUGGCAUGAGGUGGAGGCAGAGCGUGUGGGGUCUGGUGAGGCUCAGAUCUGGUCUGAAAGGUCCCAGAGCCUGUGGUCUGCUCAGCCCCAUCUCUUAGGGUGAGCAGAGCGAGGCCCUGGAAGCGGCUGUUCCCCUUCCUUUGAGGCCACUGAAGAGGAACCCAUCAUAUGUCACAUGGAGCCUGGACUUUGUCACACCCUGUGCAUCUGUCCUGCCAGGCUCUAGGGACCAUGGGAGGCAGAGCCACGACCCUGACCCUAACUGCUCUUCUCUGCCUCGGGUUGUGUUGGGGCCCACAGGACCUGGUGCAGGCAGGGGUCCUCCCCAAACCCUCCAUCUGGGCUGAUCCAGGCCCCAUGGUCACCAAGGGGAGCCCUGUGACCAUCUGGUGUCAGGGGUCCCUGCAAGCUAAGGCCUACCGUAUUUAUAAAGACCUGGAUACAAGUCUUCAAGUCUUGGAUACGAAGGUCCCACAGGACUCCAGCAGUAAGACCCGUUUUCUCAUUGAAUCCAUGAGCUCACACUACGCAGGACGGUACAGGUGUGCGUAUUACACCAGUAGGAACAGGUGGUCAGAGCCGAGUGACUCCCUGAGUCUGGUGGUGACAGGCGUGUACCAUGCACCCUCCCUCUCAGCCCAGCCCAGCUCAGUGGUGGUCUUAGGAGGGAAUGUGUCCCUCUCGUGUAGAUCACAGUACACAUGGGGCGCUUUCCAUCUGCUGAAGGAUGGAGGAGCUGACCCGCCCCAACACGUGGAGUCAAGGAUCUAUGAUGGGAGGUGGCAGGCCCAGGCCCGCUUCCUUCUGGGCCCUGUGAACACUUCCCAUGGGGACACCUACAGAUGCUAUUCUUCCCCUAGAUCCUACCCCAAUGUGUGGUCACACCCCAGUGACCCUCUGCAUCUCGAGGUCACAGGUGUGUACAGAAAGCCCUCUCUCUCGGCCCAGCCAGGCGUGCUGGUGCUGCUUGGACACAACUUGACCCUCCAGUGUCACUCAGAGGUCGGCUUUGACAGAUUCGCUCUGACCAAGGACAAGGGGCUCACACACCCCCAGCGUCUUGAUGGGCAGCACAGCCCCGACUUCCCCCUGGGCCACGUGAGCCGUGCCAAUGGGGGCCGGUACAGAUGCUACAGUGGACACAACCGCUCCUAUGCAUGGUCGGCCCCCAGCGCCCCCCUGGACAUCCUGAUCACAGGAACGUACAAGAAACCCUCCCUCUCAGUCCAACCAGGACCCUCAGUGUCCUGGGGAGAGAAUGUGACCCUGCAGUGUCGCUCUGAGAUCUGGUUUGAUACCUUCCACCUGCACAAGGAGGGGUCACCUGCUCCUCCCCAGCACCUUCGUCUGCAGGACACAGCUGCACCUUCUCAGGCCAACUUCACCAUCAGUCCUGUGACCUCAGCCCAUGGGGGAACUUACAGGUGUUACUGUUCACGCAGCACCUCCCCCUACCUGUUGUCACACCCUAGCAAUCCCCUGGAGCUCAUGGUCUCAGGUCUCCUGAAUGUUCUGAUUGGAGUCUCGGUGGCCAUAGUCCUGCUGCUCUCCCUGCUCCUCUUCCUCUUCCUCCGAUACUGGUGUCAGGGCAAAAACAGGACAUCAGUGGCUGCAGCAUCAGAGCCUGAGGACAGAGGCCUGCCGAAGAGCUCCAGCCCAGCUGUUGACCUCCAAGAGGAGAACUUGUAUGCUGUCGUGAAAGAAACACAGAAUGAGGACAGACAGCUGGAUAGUCAGACUGCAGCAUCUGAAGACCCCCAGGAUGUGACCUAUGCCCAGCUAAACCACUUGACCCUCAGACAGGAGACAAGUGCACCCCCUUCCUCCACAGCAGAGGAGCCCUCAGAUGAGCCCAGUGUGUACGCUGCUCUGGCCAUCCACUAGCCUGGAAAUGGCCCAGGCUUCACUCCAGGGAGGAGGCCUGCAGGGACCCCAGAAGGCACAGGAGCUGCCCCCAUGGAGACACAACUCAUGACCCCAGCCAGCCUGGAAGCCUGACCUGGACCGCAACAAGCUCCUGGGAACCUUUUGGAACAACUGUUUCCAGGGACUCCCCCUUAUUAUUACACAGCUCACCUUAGUCCCUAUCAAAGGGACUUUGCUGAUUGCAAGGAUGCCAUGCAACUGCCAUCAACGCCGUAAUUUCGCAAGUGGCAACCUCGGGCUGAGAGAGGUAAGGGCCUGUGACCCAGCCCAUCAGUUGCAGCUGUCCCUGUGAAGCUGCAUGCUUAACUGACCUCAGAGACCAGAAGCCCCCACAGGGACCAACUAGAGGACACAGGGUGGCUGCAGCCCACAGGGGUUGCUCAAUUCCAUGUUUCUCAUGUCCUGAGACCCUUCCUCCCCAGCCCAGUGCAGCUGCAGAGAAAAGGGAAACCUGCUCCGAGUGGCUUCAGACUCCAAGCAGAGAGAGAGGGGUGCCUUCAGUGUCCCUUCCCCCAGACCACAAAUCUAUUUCCCACAUCUUAAGAUACAGAACUGAGGACCUGCCCAUCAAUCACACCCUUAACAAGCUGUGAAAUGAGCCUGCAGAUCUUGUCAAAUGUUCCCUACCAAAACUCAAAUAAAAUAGUGGAUGGGGUCAGCUCUUGGCUCCCACUCCCCUUACCCUGGCUUCUCUUGCCAGGGGUCAGGUUAAAGAGCUGGAGAUGUAAGCUGACCCUGACCACCACUUGCUAUUUACUUCCUCUGCCUGGAGAUGACUUCAUCCCCACAUGCAAACUGUUGGCUUUCAGAAUUUCCUUCCGGUUUUGACUCAUCCUUCCUGUAUCACCUUUGUAUCCAUGCUGUGAUGUUGUUCAUGACUGUAGCCCCCGCCCCAGGACAAGGACCCUGGUCUAGGAGGCAGUGGCAGCACCUAACAGUGCUGGCAGCAGCAGCACAUGCUGAAACUGGACAGAUACAAUUAGCGUGGCCCCUGGGCAAGGAUGACAACGCUAAUUCAGGAAGCACUGCCAAUUUUUUCAUGGAUAGUUAACUCUAGACUUUUAGAGGUGAUCACUUUGUAGUAUACAGAUGUUGAAUUAUGUUGUAUACCCAAACUUACAUUAAAAUAAAAAGCCCAGAAGGAUCUGACCAA